GUGGGGGUAGACUUUCAUGGGGGAAGAGAUGCCUGGAAGAAACUCUGUACACCUGGGGACAGUUGAAGAGACUAUCCCAGGACAGAUACGCAUGGAAAGCUCUUGUCAGCGGCCUAUGCCCCAGGAGGGGUGACAGGAGAACCUAACCUUACCUAAGUCUGUAGUUUGUGUAGAUGAGCUUGGUAGCAUCUUCUGAAAACAUCGCUAAUUUUUUACUUAUUAUUGAAAAAGAUUAUAUCCUCCUAAAAUUGUGACAUAGUUACUAAAAAUUUAAUGAGUCACCUUUCUUUCACAUUACUAGCCCCAGCCGAUUUACAGCGAUCUCCAGAUGUACCUAAAAUGAUAGAUUACCAUUUUUUUUGUUUUAUGUACCUAAUAUUGUACAUUUGUUAUUGAAUUGUUAGUAUUAAUUAAUAAAAAAUUAAGUCUAAGCCAAAGACUUUGUCAUGUGAUAUAGGCCUAUAGUAUAUAGUUAGAUCUAAAAUAAGAAAAGUAUAGGCCUAGAUCUCCUUAUAAUUUAAAUUUAUAUUAUAUAUAAUAGGCCUAAUUAAUUAAUUAUAGUUUAUAGGCCUAGUCUAAUUAAUAAUAUAUUAUUAUUAUAAAAUUAAGCCUAGAAACUACACACCCUACACAGUGAAACAGACAAUUUAUUUAGCAGUUUCAGAAUGACUCAUCUUUAUAAAAAAUUUAAGUUAAAUCCUCAUAUAAUCAACUAUGCAAACACAAUAUUUUAUCAAACUAAAAUACAUGUAUUGCUUAGUGAUUAUGGCUUUCAAAGUGUCAGGAGAGCUCCGUUUUGUAGUAAUUCCAUAAGAUUAGGCAGUGCUUUAAGUGAGAGAAGUGUUCGUAGAUCUCUUCAGUUAUUUCCACAAGCAAAUUUAGAAAAUGGAAGGUUCCAUACCAGAAGGGUCACAAAACAAAUUGGAAUUUGGACUUGGAAGAGGUUUUUCAAAACUUCGCCACAGAGAUUUGGUUUCAAACAGCCGACGCAGAAAAAUCAAAUGCUGUUGCUGUUUACAUACCUUUCUGGGUUGAUCGGAGCUGGUCUUUUAACAGCUAUUGUUUUUCGUCAAUAUUCUCGCAUGUCAAGAAGAGCUCAGGGCGUUGAAGAUAUCAAGAUUGGCCAUUAUGGCAGGAGACCUCAUCUGUUUAGAUACAGAGGCUAUGUCUAUCCAGAUUAUGUCAUCAAUGACCUCAGGAGCAUUCAUCAGUUUGAUAGCAGGGAAGAUGAUGUCUGGGUUGUAAGCUUUCCUAAAUCAGGUACAACUUGGCUGCAAGAAAUAGUCUACCUUGUCCAUAAUGGGGUGGACACGGAGAAAGCUGCCAGUGGAAAUAUAGAAGAAAGAUUCCCUUUCUUUGAGUGGAUCUAUCCAGGAAUAAAGACACUAAACAACAUGGCAUCCCCCCGGCUUCUGAAAACACAUUUACCACUGUCUAUGCUGCCUAAUGACGUGAAGAAGAAAAAACCAAAGAUUCUGUACAUUGCUAGAAACCCCAAAGACGUUGUUGUCUCCUAUUAUUAUUUUAUGACCAAAUAUGUCAUAGAAGACCAGCUGUUUUCUGGCACAAUGGAGGAUUACUGUCAAUUGUUUAUUGAUGACUUGAUAUUUUAUGGUCCAUGGUGGAAACAUGUGAAAGAAGCUUGGGAUCGGAGAGAAGAAGGAAACAUUCUGGUUUUGUUCUAUGAAGACAUGCAGCAGGACUUAAGGAAAGCUGUUUUGGAUGUUGCCACAUUUUUAAACAAGCCUCUGACUGAGACGCAGGUUGAUUUGAUAGUGCAACAUUGCAGCUUCGCCAGUAUGAAGGACAACAAAGCUGUCAACUAUGAUUGGCUCAAAGAUGUUGGUGCAGCGAAACACAAUGAAAAUUUCAUGAGAAAAGGACAGGUAGGUGACUGGAAAAAUCAUCUAAGUCAAGAAGUCAUUGAAAAGUUGGAUGAAGUAGUGGCCACCAAAUUGACAUCAUAUGGCGUGCCUAUUGUGGACACUUUGCCUAGUAAACCAUCUUGAGAUUGUGUGAGAAUUUGAUUAGUUAAAUAAGUCUAGCCAUAAAUAUGUUGUAAUUGUAUGUCAAUAUCAUUUUUAAGUGUAUUUAUAUUAAUUAUAUAGGCAUUUUAGUCAUAUACCUGCAAUAGUACCACUGAUAUAAAACUGUUUUUAUAAGGCAUUUCAACUUUUUAAUUAGAAAUAAUUCCUUAUUUAUAUUAUUAUGAUGUUUGCCUCACAUUUAUAUGUAAAAAUCUAAUUUAAAAUAAAUUUUUUGUAGA